UAUCAAAUUGGCUAUUGAGCUAGAAAUGUACUAUUUAAGUCGCAAUUAGAGUAAAUCGAAUGAUGAUUCAUAUAGCAUGGUUGAGAGAUGUAUUUGAUUGGAGGAAGCAAAUCAAUCAGAUCAGAUUAAAACAAAGCCAGAUAUUAUUGGCUAGCGAGUCGCAAGUGGAUGAAUAUAAUUUGCAAAAUUUUAGUUUCUAGUUUAGAGUGGUGGAAUGAAAUACAACAUUUCAUUCCACCCGGGCUAGGGUUAAAUCCCAAGAAUACGUGGAGUGCCGUGGGUCUCGCGGGAAUAGUCGGUUGACCACGGUCGCCGGAAACCCGCGGUUACCUAAAAAAAAAAAAAAAAAAUGAAAUACAACAUUACAACCAACGGAAAAAUAAAACCAAAAGUAUGAAUAGGAAGACGAUAAUAACUCGAUAAGUGAUGUACGUAUGUCGAACCACUUUUAGAUUCUUGAAGAUAACGAGACACGAAUAAGACAGUUGUAAUGGUUUCAUUUCAGUGAUUCGAGUCAGUCAAUGCCGUUACCAAAACACUAUAAAUAUAGAGGAUAGAAAUGUAGGGAUUAUACGAAGAAACAAAAACCAAACAUUACUUGAGAGAAAAAAAAAACAUUACUUGAGAUCAAAGAUCAUGUCUUUAAGUCCGAGAGAUCCUCUUGUGCUUGCAAGAGUUGUGGGUGAUGUUGUUGAUCCUUUCAUGAGAUUGAUCUCUCUUACGGUUAAUUAUGGCCAAAGACAGGUUACUAAUGGUUUGGAUCUAAGGACUUCUCAAGUUCUGAAUAAACCAACGGUCGAGAUCGGAGGAGAUGACCUCAGAAAUUUCUACACUUUGGUUCGUCUUAGUCCAGAUGUGCCAAGUCCAAGCAACCCUCACCUCCGAGAAUAUCUCCAUUGGUUGGUGACUGAUAUACCUGCCACAACUGGAACCGCUUUUGGCAAUGAAUUGGUGCACUAUGAGAACCCAUGUCCCAAUUCAGGAAUUCACCGAGUAGCACUGAUGUUGUCCCGGCAACUCAGAAGACAAACGGUUUAUGCACCUGAGUGGCGCCAACGCUUCAACACUCGUGCGUUCGCUGAGAACAACAAUCUUGGUCUACCCGUGGCUGCCGUUUUCUUCAACUGUCAGAGAGACAAUGGCUGCGGAGGAAGAAGAACAUAGAUAUCCAUACCUCUUUUUUUUUUUUUUAGGUAACCGCGGGUUUCCGGCGACCGUGGUCAACCGACUAUUCCCGCGAGGCCCACGGUACUCCACGUAUUCUUGGGAUUUAACCCUAGCCCGGGUGGCCAGCGGGACUCGAAAUGCUGGUAUCCAUACCUCCUUCCGCUUAAAUAAUCCAUUUGUCUACUCUAUAACCUUAUAUUUAAGCUAGCAUUUAGAUCAGGUUGUUGUAAUAAGAUUAUGAUGAUAUAUAUGACUAAACAGAUGGUAAUGCAUGCUGACAUCUAUAUAAGCAGUGGCGGAUCUACGUGGUGUGUGGGUGGGGCAGCUGCCCACCAUGAAUUUGUAAUUUUUAUGUAAUUUUAGUCAAGUUUUUUUAAUUUGUCCUUGUUGAAAUUUCAUGUGUAAUAAUUGUGAGGGGGGAAUAAAAAUGAAUGUUUUCUACUUGUAUAUUCGUGUAUGAUGUGACUUUUUAUUUCAUUCUACAUGCUUUAUACCAGCGUUACAUAUAUUUUCAUUGGCAUCUGGGACAAUUCUUGAUACUUGACUUUCAGAAAAGAAUGACUAU